CUAUUAUAUUAGAAAGAACAAAGAGUAUGAAGAAUUGAAUAUUUCCAUAAAUGAAGGUACCUGGCAGUUAGAUUCUAUAUCAAUUCCUUUAAAGAUAGCUGCCAGAGAGAUAGAAGGGUUAAAAUUAACAGUAGCAGAAAAAAUUAAUGCUGGGUCUAAAAAAAGAAUCAAGGAACAAAGUAAAGCUCCGCAUGAGCCAGCUUGA